GUAGUGGAGUCCCUAGACUUCGAAAGGGAUACCUGCUGGGAUUGAUUCCCUUUGUCCCCAUGCAGAUGGUGUUUAUAACCCGAGUCAUCUGCAUGAAAGCACCAGAACAGAUUAACACGAAUUAGAGAAAAGGGUUUGAGUUUGAAGGAUGAGUGAGGAUAGGGAAAGUGUGGUUCGGGCCAUGAACCGGGUCAAGCCAUACUUGGCGGUGGUGCUCCUGCAGUUCGGGUUCGCGGGGAUGGCGAUAGUUGCCAAGUUAUCCUUGAACCGAGGGAUGAGCCAGCACGUGUUCGUCGUCUAUCGCCACGUGCUCGCCACCGUGGCCAUUGCUCCAUUCGCCAUCCUCUUUGAGAGGAAGACAAGGCCAAAAAUGACGAGGUCCAUCUUUCUGAAGAUCUUGUUGCUAGGCUUACUAGAGCCGGUGAUGGAUCAGAAUCUGUAUUACACGGGAAUGAAGUACACAACUGCGUCUUUCACGGCCGCCAUGUCCAAUAUGCUUCCUGCUUUCGCGUUCCUCAUGGCCUGGUUUCUCAGGCUCGAGAGAUUGAGCAUAAGAAGCAAGCACAGCCAAGCCAAGAUAGUGGGAACCCUGGUCACCAUAGGAGGAGCGAUGCUCAUGACUCUAGUGAAAGGUCCUGUUCUUGAUCUUCCAUGGACAAAAUCAGCGUCAACACACGUUGAUUCCAAUGGUGUUGUGCAAAAACCAAUCAAGGGUGCUGUUAUGAUCACCGCAGGUUGCUUCUGUUGGGCUUCUUUCGUCAUUCUCCAAGCGAUCACGCUGAAAUCAUACCCAGCAGAGCUCACAUUGACGGCUCUGAUAUGUAUAGCGGGGUCGUUCCAAGGAGCGGUUUUUGCUUUUGCGAUGGAAAGAAGCAACUUGGCUGCUUGGUCUCUCAAUUUUGACGUCAGGCUCUUGGCAGUUGUCUACAGCGGGAUCAUAUGUUCUGGGGCGGGUUUCUACAUUCAAGGGGUGGUGAUGCAGAUAAAGGGGCCAGUUUUUGUGACUGCCUUCAAUCCUCUGCACAUGGUCCUGGUUGCAAUCCUGGGAUCCUUCAUUUUACAUGAGAUCUUAUACCUUGGAAGGGUUAUUGGAGCACUUGUGAUUGUUCUUGGCCUGUAUCUUGUCCUGUGGGGCAAGAGCAAAGAUGAGCCUCCAACAGGAGGCAGUGAAAAGCAAGAAACAUCUAAUCUACAACUAGCCAACACAAGUCUUGGAGAUGAGAGUGCAGAGACUGCUUCUUCCCCGUAUGUUGUGGCCGUCACCAAAGUGAGGCCAACCGACGAAGCCGUUUGAAGGGGACUAACAAGCUCUAAAAGUAACAGCAAUUCAGGAACUUGAGGUUCUUCAAAAAGGAUAUCUGACUUCAAUGUUCUGCUGUUUUGUCAUGUUUGUUGCGUUUUCUGUGAAGUAGAUGUUCAGCGCUUACAUACGCUUUUACCAUUUUCACUCAAUAAAGCCAAAGCCACCAUUUUGCA